UCAACUCUCUCAUCAACUAGCAAAAUUCAAAGCCUUCUACUACUACUACUACUUCUUCUUCUCUCAGCAAAAUAUUUUAUCUGCAACUGAAAGGUUGAAAGCCAAGCCAUGGAGGGAGUGACAAGAUUGGUUGGAGAUAGGCCACUGGUGAUCUUUAGCAAGAGCACAUGUGACAUGUGUCACUCUAUCAAGACAUUGUUACAUGGAUUUGGUGCAAACCCUACAAUUUAUGAGGUGGAUCAAAUUGCAAAUGGGCAGCAAAUUGAAAGAGCAUUGCAGCAAUUAGGAUGUCAGAACUUACCCGCUGUGUUCAUAGGAGGUGAGUGUGUGGGUGGUGAUAGGCAGGUGAUGAGCCUUUUGCUCAAGAACCAGUUGGGACCAUUGCUGAAGAGGGCUGGAGCCAUUUGGGUCUGGAAUGACUAGUCCUUCUUAAUCAUCACCAACCCUAGCUACUUUUACUAUAUAUAAAUGCAUUAACAUACAAUAAUAAUAAUAAUAUAUAGCAUGCAUAAAUUGUGUAUCGAGAGCAAGGUUUAGAUGUACUUUUAUGGAGAGAAGUACUUUUAACUUGUGACA